AUGAGUUUAGGCGUUCCCUUGGCUCCCACGGGGGAGCUCAUCGACGCAGUGCCGCACGCAACUGCGGCCGCCGAGCACCUGCACGAGCACGCAAUCGUGAUGAUCAUUGCCAGUAUUUCCUUCAUCUACCUCCUCUCGGCCAUUCUCGCGGGUCUCAUUGGUCUCCUUCCGAAGUUCAGACCUCCGCUAACGGUUGUUCUUUUCCUGGCUGGCAUGUCGUUGCAGCCGCUUUUGGAAUGGAUGCAAAACCGUGUGCUUCUUCAGGGCGUACUUCUCAUCGGCAAUGUAGACCCGUACCUGAUCUUCUUCGCGCUCCUCCCCAUGUGCCUUUACGAAAGCUCGGCUUUCGUCAAUUACCACAUGUUCAAGCAAGUCUUACCCUCCAGUUUGCUUCUGGCGAUCCCUGGGGUUGCAGUGAAUAUCAUCCUUGUUGGAGUCUUUCUUCGAUACGGGGUUUCGCGCGUCUACGACUGGCCAGCGGCUCUUAUGACUGCAUCCAUCGUCUCUGCCACGGAUCCUGUUGCGGUCAUUGCGUGCCUCCGUGCUCUCGGCGCCCCUGAAAAGCUUUCGUCUCUCAUCGACGGAGAGUCUCUUUUGAAUGAUGGGUCGGCCGUCGUCUUCUUUGAGGUCUUUCGCUCAAUUGUGAUUGGAACCUACUCAGGAGUCUGGUCUUCGGUCGUCCUCUUCAGCCAGCUUUCCUUCGGGGCUCUUGGGUACGGUCUAGCGAUAGCAAUUGUUCUUUAUCUCUGGCUCUUGACAGUUCGUGAGUUCCAGAUCGUCCAAGUAACGGGAACCAUCGCAGCGGUUUUCACGGUCUUCUUCACAGCGGACCACUUCCUCCACGUCAGCGGCGUCCUAGCUGUCGUCACACUCGGGAUUUUUAUGGCAGCCAAGGGUUCGACGGCUCUGCAGAGAUCCAUUCAAAAGCUCCACCAUGAGUCCGUGGAGCUCCUCGCGACGCUAUCUGUCCAAGCAAUCUUCGUGUGUGGGGGAGUCAUCGCCUCGCGGCUCCUCAUUCAGUACGCCGACACCUGGCAAGAGUGGGUCGAGCUCCUCCUGCUCUUCCUCGUGCUCCAGGUGGCUCGAUUUGCCGUCGUCUUCGGUUCCUGGCCCGUCAUCGGCUGGAUGGGACUGCCCCUAAGCUGGAAGGAGUGCUUUAUCAUCUCGUACGGCGGCCUGCGCGGCGUUAUCUGUCUCGCCUUGGGCCUUGUUGUCGAGGCAGAUCCUCUCAUCUCGCCGACGCUGCGCGAGCACGUCGGAAUCUGCGUGGCAGGCACCGUCAUUUUCACACUUCUCAUAAACGGGACAACCGCCGAGCUAGCCUACACGCGUCUGCGGUUGUAUCCCGUCUCCAAGUACCGCCGCGAGUAUCUGGAUUCUGUUUUGUCUUCGAUUGACGUCGCGUUCAACCGCAAGAAAAACGAACUGAAGGACUACUGGCUGUUCAGAGGGACAGACGUGGUUCAGGCUGCGAACGAGGCACUCCCGCAAUUUUCCAAGGGGCAUCUGGAUGUGAAUGGAAACCUUCGAAUUCCAACCAAAUCGUUCAGAGAAGUUCUUCGAAACGCUCCGUCGUGCACCAACUGGAAUGUCCACGCUGAAUUUACGGGAAUGUCGAAACUCGAGUCGAAGGAUUUCGGAGUCCCCUCACAACUCGGUGACUGGACUCACGGACUCGCCUCGACGAUCAAGAACGUGAAGCAGUUGACCAGCCGCCUGAAGUCUCACCCAGAGUCUCGCGAAGACGCACCGAACUCGGAGGAAGUCACUUUGGUGGACAAGGAGGCGGGGCAGCUUGAGAAGGAGGUUCAUGUUCUUCAUAUCAUGUUCAGUGCCAUGAGAGAAUUUUACUCAGGCAUGUACAAACGGUCAAACAUUGGCGGAACUGCAUGCUUGCUUCUCACGUCGACUGUCGACAAAUGCCACUCUCAUCUCGACGCCCAGCUGCGUGGUGCAACAACGGACAAGAAAUUCCGGAAGAGCGCGCAUAACAAGAACGUCUUUUCCUUUGAAUGGGAAGUUCUUCUGGCUUCCCUGAGGACGCGGUACGGGUUGUGGAAGUGUCUAAAUGCGAUGCCUUGCGACGCCUUCGACCUGCUCAAGUCCUACUUGAUCACGAUCAUCGAGACGCUGUACGCCGUGGUCGAGGCCCACGAGUUCGUGAACCAGUCCAACCGCAAAGAAAUGGAAGAGCUCAUUAGCCAGGCGGCGCUGAUCCCCUCAGACGACGUUGUCACAUCCGCGAAGGAACUGUUGGAGAAACUGCGAAACACAUUCCCAGUCGCAUUCUCCCAGUGUCUGGUGAUUAUCGCUGCACAUAUGCUUCUGAACGCGAAACAAAAGGUGCUAGACGAAGAAGUAGAGCGAGGCUUGGUUUUCCCUGAAGACGCAGACAAGCUGAAUGAGGCAAUUGCUGAACAACGCAUGAUGCUUGAUCGCAUCAGCCGAUGA